UAAAAACACUUUCAGGACCCAAGAGUUUUCCUUCCCCCCCAGCUUUCUUACAACACGCACACUCUUUUCUUCUCUGUCUCUGCCUCUGCUCUGUUUCGUUUCAGUCUCUCUCUUUCUCUUUCCAAUUCUUUCCCAACACUUUCAUUCUUUGUUUCUGGACUAUUUUGCCCUUCUUCUAGUAUUCUAUGCCAACUUAGUUACUGUGGUUUUAGCUAAAAUUAUGAUCUUUUAAUGUUAAAGUACGUAGCUGAUUCAGUGAUUUCAGUGAACCUAUGUACCUAAUUUUUGUAUAAAGUUCAAGACUUUAUAACGUGAAAACUCAACCAACACUAGCAGAAGUCUAAACUAAAGACUGUGGGGGGAGAAAGAGACAGAGAAAGAAACAGUUUUUGUUGUUUUUUUUUCUCUUCGUUUGAAGGUGGGGCUAGUCAAGUGCAGACACCAAUAUAGACCAUUUUUCUUUGAGUCUCAAUUGGGAUUUUGCUUAGUUAUAGUGAUUUCUGAGGUGGGUUUUGGAGGGUUUGGCUUAAAAGUUUGAGAUGAUUGUGAGCUCCUCCUUUUGCAAUGCAGACUCUCAGUUCUCUGGAGAAGAAGAAAUAGAGGUUGGUAAGAUGAUGGAGCACAAAAGGAGUCCAUGUUCUGUUGAACAAAGCAGCCUCACUUCUCUUGCAUCCAAACGACAUAAGGCUGAUUUAUCCGCCAAGGAGAGGAAGGAAAAGCUUGGUGAACGUAUUGUGGCUCUGCAACAACUUGUUUCACCAUUUGGGAAGACAGAUACAGCGUCUGUCCUUUGCGAUGCAAUGGAAUACAUAAAUUUCCUUCAUGAGCAAGUGAAGGUGCUGAGUGCUCCAUACCUCCAAAGUAACCCAAGUAAAAUGCAGGAAUUAGGACCAUACAGCCUGAGAAGCAGAGGUUUGUGUCUUGUUCCAGUCUCUUGUACUGCUGGUGUUGCUCGAAGUAAUGGUGCGGAUAUUUGGGCGCCAAUCAAGACCACUUCCCCCAAGUUUGAGAAGGCUAUUUCACAAUUCCAAUGAGACAAGCUGUUGCUUAGAAUCGACGUGUUUUGGUGCUGGUAGGGUGGUGGCAUAAUGGGUAACUAAUUUUUUUCUGCACAACGAAUUUUUGUUGGGCAGAUGCAAAUUUGGAUCUGAAAAUUUUAGUAUGAUGCACUAAUGGAACUCCGGGAUGUGAAAUUAUCAGUCUUAAAACUGUUUGAAAGCAUUCCCAACCAUUCUGAUUUUAAACCAGUAAUGGCAGAAGCAUUAAAGUACGGUACGGUUAUCUCGUAUCUAUAUACUGAUUAUGUGAAAAUGUAUAUUUAGGAGCUUGAGUUGUAUAAUGUUCUGAGAUAAGGAAUUGAUGAAAUAUAUGGAAAGAGUAAUCUUACUAUUUA